UGGUGUUGAGAUCUCGUAUCUUGUUUUGAGUUCUCGAGUGAAAUGGGAGGUUGUGUGGGACGUUAUAGUGGUGACAAUGAAACAGUAAGUGUAUCAUCGGCCAGUGUAUCCAGACCGCCGACAGCAGGUACCCAAGUUGGUCCGGCACGCAAGAAUCGUCCUUUGUGUCAUGAAACAAUACGCUGGCGUUCAGAUGUUCCUCUGACAGAGGGUCAAUUGCGUUCGAAACGUGACGAAUUUUGGGAUACAGCACCAGCCUUUGAUGGCCGCAAAGAGAUCUGGGAUGCCCUAAGGGCAGCAACGACUGCAGCGGAAGCACUUGAUUUCCAGUUGGCUCAGGCCAUACUGGAUGGGGCCAAUAUUUCUGUGCCGAAUGGAUACCUAACAGAAUGCUAUGAUGAAUUGGGUACACAAUAUAAAGUACCCAUUUAUUGUCUAUCAUAUCCUAUAAAUAUAGUUAAAGAGGAAAAUGGUCGUGAUUCACCUGCCGAAUUUUCAGAACCCGUCGAUGGCGGUACAGAGGUAUUCCUCAAACUGAGAAUAUCAUCGACAAUGUCAGAUGUUAAAUUACCUGUAUACUCCAAAGACACAGUGGGCCAAUGUAAAAAGAAAUUACAGGCUGUAGAAGGUGUUGAUGCUUGCUGUCAACGUUGGUUCUACAGUGGCAAACUAUUGGGCGAUAAAGUCCCGAUCGAAGAAUGUAACAUACAAAACGGCUAUGUAGUACAAGUCAUUGUAAAUACCGAACACUGUAAUCAUGACAAUAGUACGAGUAUCGCCACUGCAAGCUAGCCAACAUUCAUCGCCAUUCAGCAGCACAAAGUGAACAACGCAAAGUUAACAACUUUACUAUCGGUGGCAACAAAUUGCAAUAGCGUGUAUCAUCAUUUGUCACCAGCUAGCUAUCAUCUUUAUCGCCAGCAUCAUCAGCAGUUGAAGCGUCAACAUCCGCGUCAUCA